UCUGAAGGUUUCCAGUUCCGCUUCCGGGUCAGAUCGCAUGUUCACGCAUGCUGAUGAAAUAGUUGAAUUCGAUCUUUGAAAUUGUUACUUUUUGAAAUUACUACAAUUUUAAUGUAACAACUUAAGGAUAUAGUUAAAUAUCAAUAUUUGGAUAGAUCUGUAGCUAUAAGAGUGAAGAAUGCCGUCAUUCAGCUGUAGAUUCUACCAGCACAGGUUUCCAGAGGUGGAAGAUGUGGUGAUGGUCAACGUGCGCUCCAUCGCAGAGAUGGGCGCCUACGUUAGCCUGUUAGAGUACAACAACAUCGAAGGCAUGAUCCUGCUGAGCGAGUUGUCUCGCAGACGUAUCCGCUCAAUCAACAAACUCAUCAGGAUUGGACGCAACGAGUGUGUGGUCGUCAUCCGAGUGGACAAGGAGAAAGGUUAUAUUGAUCUGUCCAAGAGAAGAGUUUCACCCGAGGAGGCAAUCAAGUGUGAAGACAAAUUCACCAAAUCCAAAACGGUGUACAGCAUAUUGAGGCAUGUGGCUGAGGUUCUGGAGUACACUAAGGAGGAGCAGCUGGAGAGCCUGUUCACGCGCACUGCCUGGGUGUUUGAUGAGAAGUACAAGAGGCCUGGAUACGGAGCCUAUGAUGUCUUCAAACAGGCUGUGGCGGACCCAGCCAUUUUAGAUUGUCUGGACCUGACAGAGGAGGAGAAGGCUGUGCUCAUUGACAACAUCAACAGAAGACUCACACCACAGGCUGUCAAAAUCAGAGCAGACAUUGAGGUGGCCUGCUAUGGCUACGAAGGCAUUGAUGCUGUCAAAGAAGCAUUGAGGGCGGGGCUAGGCUGCUCCACAGAGGCCAUGCCCAUCAAGAUUAAUCUGAUAGCGCCGCCGCGCUAUGUCAUGACUACCACCACGCUGGAGCGCACGGAGGGUCUCUCUGUCCUCAACCAGGCCAUGGCUGCCAUCAAAGAGAAGAUCGAGGAGAAGAGAGGGGUCUUCAACAUCCAGAUGGACGCGAAGGUUGUGACAGACACCGAUGAGACAGAGCUGGCACGCCAGCUGGAGCGACUGGAGAGAGAGAACGCUGAGGUGGACGGUGAUGAUGAGGAUGGAGAGAUGGAGGCCAAGGCAGAGGACUAAACUAGAGGAAAAACAGACGGCUUGGAUACAACGACAAGACCAAUUAUAUACAGUCCAGGGCCAGUAUUAGUAAAGCAUCUCUGAGUAGGAGUGCUGAUCUAGGAUCAGGUCCUCCAUGUCAAUGUUAUUCAUUAUGAUCUUAAAAGGCUAAACUGAUCCUAGAUCACCAAUCCUACUUUGAGAUGUUUCAUGAAUACAGGCCCCAACAAACUUUAAUUUCAAAUCAAAUCGUGCGUUCUAGAACGUCUCUCCAACUGAACACAAGCCUCUGUUGGUCAGUACCAGGGACCCUCAGGAAGACUGAACCAGAGAGACGGCUACAGGUGCUAACUAUCAUACUGCCAAACACAGAGCUGGGAAAUGCCCCUGCCAUUCUCCCAAUGGACAAAAUAAACACAUUCAUAUUAUCACUGAA